AAUGUUUGUGUUGGUACAUCGAAACGUGACACUUGGUUGAAGCACCGAAAUUAGUAGCUAUUUAUUCAUUCAUUCAUACUAGUUAAUUAUUUUGAUGCAUGAAUAAAUAACUUCUCCAAACUCUACAAGACUACAACAAUAAUAAUAAUAACUUCACAUUAUGAUGCUCUCUGCUACUCUUCCAAUUUCCCCCAUUUCUGUUAAAUCAUCUUCAAUGCAAUCCCUACCCUUCACUCAUCGCUUUAUUGUCCCUUCCGGCAACCGUCUCUUUCCUGUUAAGCUCACCGGAGUUUCUAUGGGUGCCCGCCGCUUCUCACUGCCACCUGUCAAACUGAAGUCCUCUUCACUCCCAAUCUCUUCCAUUGUUGAAGAAGUUGAUGAAAGAAGCAAGUUUGUAGAGACUUCAAAAAAUGGGAACUUGAUUCCUCUCUAUCAGUGCAUAUUCUCUGAUCAGCUUACUCCUGUUCUUGCUUACCGAAGUUUGGUUAAUGAAGAUGACCGCGAAGCUCCAAGCUUUCUUUUUGAAUCUGCUGAGCCUAAUUUUCAAGCUUCCAAUGUUGGGCGUUAUAGUGUUGUAGGAGCUAAACCAACAAUGGAAAUUGUUGCAAAAGAAGAUAAGGUUACAAUAAUGGACCAUGAAUCUGGUCAUUUAACCGAGGAGAUUGUUGAUGAUCCUAUGGCGAUUCCCAGAAGAAUCUCACAGGAUUGGAGACCCUGUCUCAGUGAUGAACUUCCAAAUGCAUUUUGUGGUGGUUGGGCAGGUUAUUUCUCCUAUGACACAGUUCGUUAUGUGGAAAAGAAAAAGCUACAAUUUUCAGAUGCCCCGAAAGAUGACAGGAACCUCGCAGACAUCCAUUUGGGCCUUUAUGAGACUGUGAUUGUGUUCGAUCAUGUCGAGAAGAAAGCGUAUGUGAUUCUUUGGGUGAGGACUGACCGAUACUCCUCAGUUGAGAGCGCUUACACAGAUGGAAAGGAACGAUUACAAAAACUAGUGGACAAAUUACAAGAUGAUAACCCCCCGAGGCUCGCUCCCGGCUCUGUGGAUUUGCAAACUCGUCAUUUUGGUACUCCUUUAAAGGAAUCAAACAUGACAUCUGAUGCAUACAAGGAGGCAGUCCUUCAGGCAAAAGAACAUAUCAAAGCAGGAGAUAUUUUCCAGAUUGUAUUAAGUCAGAGAUUUGAACGAAGAACAUUCGCUGAUCCAUUUGAAGUCUAUAGAGCAUUGAGAGUUGUGAAUCCAAGUCCAUAUAUGACUUAUUUGCAGGCUAGGGGAUGUAUUCUGGUUGCUUCUAGUCCAGAGAUUCUUGCACGUAUUAAGAAUAAGAAGAUUGUGAACCGUCCAUUGGCUGGGACAUGUAAAAGGGGAAAGACUCUAGAAGAAGAUGAAAAGUUAUCAGCGCAGCUCCUGAAAGAUGAAAAGCAAUGUGCAGAGCAUGUAAUGCUGGUUGAUUUGGGACGCAAUGACGUUGGAAAGGUCUCAAAAAGUGGUUCUGUUAAAGUUGAGAAGCUUAUGAAUGUUGAACGAUAUUCCCAUGUCAUGCACAUAAGCUCAACGGUUACGGGAGAGCUGCAAGACCAUUUGACCUGCUGGGACGCCCUUCGCGCUGCAUUGCCUGUUGGAACUGUCAGCGGAGCACCAAAGGUGAGGGCCAUGCAAUUAAUCGACGAAUUGGAGGUGGCAAUGCGAGGGCCAUAUAGCGGAGGAUUUGGAUACAUUUCUUUCUCAGGCGACAUGGACAUUGCUCUAGCUCUGAGGACAAUAGUAUUUCCAACCGGAACAAGGUACGACACAAUGUACUCAUACAAAGACCUAAACCAACGGCGCGAGUGGAUUGCGUACCUUCAAGCUGGUGCUGGUAUAGUUGCUGACAGCGACCCUGCGGAUGAGCACCAAGAGUGUCAAAACAAAGCUGCUGCUCUUGCUCGAUCCAUCGACUUGGCAGAGUCUGCAUUUGUUGAUAAAUAGGAUAAGAACUAUGAUACCUUCAAAUCCAAUUAUUGGAUAUACCAUUAGUUACUCAAUUAUUAUCCCAAUCUAAUAAUAAAUAGUUGCUUGUGUUGGGGGAUAUACGUUACAGAUGUAGCUUCAGAUUAAAUUUCAGAUAGUUAUGUUUUACAAACAUUGAAUAAUUACAAUAUCAUGGUAAUCUUUUCAAAUUGAAA